CCUACUUCUUCAGCUGUCGGUACCUCACUAUUCUCUAUGCUCUCAUAAUUGACACGUGUCCUUAAACCUUUUUAAUUAUUUCCUUUUUCAAUUUUUUAAAGUAAAAAACCCACACUCCAAAAAAACCUCUCUCAUUCCUUUAUCUCUUCCAAUUCCAAAUCAAACAAAACCGCAAUCCACUUUCCGCAUUUCUUUCUCCUCCACCUUAUCUUCCACCUUUUCCGGCGACCUUCUGCCGGGAAUUUCACAACUUUCUGAUGCUUCAGGUAACUAAAAACUCAUCUUCAUCUCCUCCACCGGAAAAAACUCUAUCUCCGUCGUCAUCAUCACCGGAUUUCUCAAAAACAACAUCGUUUUUCUCUCUCCCUCUGCUCCACCCCCGUUCAUGUCUUCUCCUCUUCAUCCUCCUUCUACAAAUCCUUAUUCUCUCCUUCUCUCGCAACCGUCCGAUAUCUCUUUCUUCAUCGCCGCCGCCUUUAACCAUCGCCAUCUCCGUCGCCAACUCAUCCAACAACCUUAAACUUAACCCUAACCCUAACCCAAACCCGAUUACAAACAGUACCGAUCCAUGUCAAUUCGGGAAAUUCUUCGUUUACAACCUUCCAGCACAGUUCAAUUACGACAUUUACAAAAACUGUGAUAAAUUAAGUCCAUGGGGUUCUCAAUGUAGUGCUUUAUCAAACAACGGGUUCGGCCGUAAAGCGACAGGAAUCGAUCAUUUCAUUCCAAAGAAUCUUACCGACGCUUGGUAUUUCACUGACCAAUUUGCGUCGGAAAUAAUCUUUCAUAACCGUAUGUUACACCAUAAAUGCCGUACAUUAGAGCCAGAGUCUGCUGCGGCUUACUACAUCCCGUUUUACGCUGGACUCGCAGUAGGAAAAUAUUUAUGGUAUGAUUAUAGUGAUAAAGAUAGAGAUCAACAUUGUGAAAUGUUGCUUGAGUGGGUCCAAGGUAAUUUUCCGUAUUUAAAUCGAUCCAACGGUUGGGAUCAUUUUCUUGUGAUGGGGCGUAUCACAUGGGAUUUCCGUCGUUCAAAAGAAUCAGAUUGGGGUUCAAAGUGUAUUUACAUGCCAUCAAUGAGGAAUAUCACGCGGUUAUUGAUUGAAAAAAACCCGUGGGACUAUUUUGAUGUCGGUGUACCUUAUCCUACUGGAUUCCACCCCAGUACACCCACCGACGUCGUUUUAUGGCAGCAGUUUGUUUUAUCACGUGAGCGGCACUCUUUAUUUUGUUUCGCCGGUGCAACACGUGGCAAGAUAGUAAACGAUUUCCGUGGGGUUUUACUGAGUCAAUGUAGAAACUCGUCCGGGUCAUGCCGAGUUGUCGAUUGUGCUGGAACUCGGUGCGCUAAUGGAACUUCGGCCAUUCUCGAAACGUUUCUUGAUUCCGACUUUUGUCUUCAGCCAAGAGGAGAUAGUUUUACGCGGCGGUCUAUUUUUGAUUGUAUGGUAGCCGGUUCAAUUCCAGUUUUUUUCUGGAGACGGUCGGCUUAUCUUCAAUAUGAAUGGUUCUUACCGGGUGAACCGGAGAGUUAUUCGGUUUUUAUUCAUAGGAAUGAAGUGAAAAAUGGGACUUUGGUUAAAAAUGUGUUGGAAAAGUAUAGUAAAGAAGAGGUAAAAAAAAUGAGAGAAAAAGUGGUGGAAUAUAUUCCUAAAUUUAUUUAUGCAAAACCUAAUGAAGGAUUAGGAAGUAUUAAAGACACUGUUGAUAUUGCUGUUGAUGGGGUUUUAAAGAGAAUUAAGGAGCAAAAAGAAUAUGAUUAUAAGUGGUAAUUAUGUUUAGAACAUCAUUAUUUGUGUAUAAUCAUAUAGAAGCAUACUAUUACACCUUUGACCACUUUUUAAAAGUGUAAUGGAGUCACACAUUAACAUAUUAUGAAGUCCAACGGGUCUGGUUUUGACUCAAUCUAUUCAAUCUAUUCCGUUAUGAAAUCAUUUUAUGUCGCUCUAAAGUUCAAAUCCUUGUAACAUAAUGUAAUAUUCACUUUCGGAGUAAUUUUUUUUGAAUUUACUGCAUAAUGUAGCAAAUUCAAAGAGAGGAAGUUUUCUAAAACUUAUACUAGGAAUUUAGAUGCAUUUUAAGAUGGUGAUGUAUGGUUAUUAUUUAUAUGAUAUUCUUAUGAUUUUAUUGUAUAUUAAUGUUAAUUCAAA